AAAAUUUAUUUUAGUGAGAAUAGGAUAGAAUCAAGGAAAAUUGUACACAAACCGCAAACGUACUUGUCAUUGCUUUGCCGGACUGUCGAACGAGAUUACCUAACGCCAUGAUCAGAGGAAAAACAUCAGUUCAACGCCAGAAGCAAAUUACGUGAGACAGACGUGUUGCCCAAUUGUGGAGGACUUAUCCAGGCCUUCUACUCAAGUUUUUGCUGUUCAUUGAGAAUAGUCUAAUGAAAAUUAUGGAGGUCUCAGUUGAACAGAAAAAUAGUACUAUCGAACCAGUUACACCGACUAGAAAAAAAAUGAAACAAGCUCAGCUACCGUUUCAAAUGAUCAGUCCCUUGAGUUCAUCUAAUGCAAUUUCGAAUAAGAAAAGAAAGUUGGAAUCCCCAUCUCCGGUAAGAAGCAAGAGUCCUGGAUCUACUAAAAAAGCCAACAAUCAAAAUCUGGCGAAGAAGGCAAAAUCCAGUGAUAUUGAGGUAAUUGACCUAGAAAACACAAAGGAUGAAGAAAAUGCAGGCGAGGGUGAAAGUAGUAAAAAAAUUGUGUACAAGCAUAAUGAUAGUGAGACAUUGAAAGCAGAAGCUGCCGUAACCAGUGACAAAAGAAUUAAAGUAGAGAACAAAGAAGAAGUGAAGAAACAGAAAGAUUAUGGGGUGUUGAGUAUGUUUUUAAAGAAAGCAAAAAGUCAAGAGCGUAGUGAUGAUGUUGUUUUAUUAACAUUGAGUGAUUAUGAUAGUGGCAAUAGCAAAGACAGUGAGCCUCCUCUCAAAAAUAAAAUGGAUUCUGAAAUUGCAAAGGAACAAAGUACUGAGGUAGUUUCUGAAAAAAUGGUAAUGAACAUUACUCAACAUAGUGUGGUUGCAUCUGUGGAACGAGAUGUCAAUGUUAUUUUGGAGAAAACUGCUAUGGAUACUCCAGAAGAAAUCGUGACAAACACUUUUAAAGAACCACCCGAUGAAAGUGUUGAGAAAAGUCUUGAACAGAGCUGUGAAGAUUUUAAUGGAGUACAAGUGAUGAACGAAGUUAAUGGUACUUCGACUAAUGAUAAAAUGCAGAAAAAUAGACAGUCCGAUCAAGGUUUAAAGCAGACUAAUGAUGAAGAAACGAAGAUUCAGUGUUUCAAAUUAAAAUCAGCAUAUGUUGAUUUGACUGAUCAAAAAAGAGAGACUAUGAUAUCAGAUGAUAACAAUGCUAAAAAUGGUGACUCAGAUUCAGAUAUUGGUAUUUCUUCAUCGGACGAUGAUGUAAAUGAUGACUUAGACAAAUCCAGUAAUGAGAACGGAGACAAAAAUAGGACACUGAACGAAAGUGAAGGCAGCAAAACACCUCGUAAUGAAAAGUCCACUCCUUCUAGAAACAAGAAGCUUACGCCGAAACAAAUCGAAAGACGUCUUUUGAGCGCUAAAAAACGUGAAGAACAGCGCAAGAUGAAAAUGGAGAGGGAGAAAAAGCUUGAAGAAGAGCGUGAGACUCGGAGAAAGGAGAAGGAAGAAAGACGAAAAGUGAAGCGCCAAGAGAAGGAAAUGAAGGAACAAAAGAGACAAAUAGAGAUCGAGCUGAAGCAAAAAGAAAAAGAAGCUAAAGAAGAUGAGCGCAGAAAAAAGGAAGAAGAAAAGUUGGAGGCCGAACGCAAAAAGCAAAAGGCUGCAGUUAACUUUGCCAACUUCUUUGUCCCAAAGAAACCAGAUGCGAAAAUUGUUGAAGAAGACGUAGUUGUCAAAGAUCAACUGUUUAUGCCAUUUGAAGUUAAAGCAGACAUGAGGGUGGCUCCUAUAACCAGAAGGAAUCUCGAUGAUACUGACAAAUUAACAUUCGAUAAACUGUUAAACAAGGGAAUUUCCAAAGAUGAAUUAUAUCUCAAUGGACUCAUAAAAAAUCCUACCAACAUUAGAAGAUCUCAGAAAACGUGGCCGUACGAAGCCAAAGACGUCGUCAUCAUAGUCGACGAUGACGACGGUUCCUCAGAUACGGUGGACCCAAGAAGCGCUUCCCUUUCCGAAAAACAUCAUCCAAAAUUGUUCAUGUUUGUCGAAAAUCGUCGACCACCGUUUUGGGGCACAUGGAGAAAAAAAAGCGAUCACAUAACUCCGCGAAGACCUUUCGCGAAGGAUUCGAAAUGGUUCGAUUACGAGAUCGAUUCUGACGAUGAAUGGGAAGAAGAGGAACCCGGUGAAUCUAUUCGAGGCUCAGACGACGAACGUGAUGAAGAAUUAGCUCCCGAAGAGAACGAGUACGAUGUCGAUAACGAUUUCAUGGUCCCUCAUGGAUAUCUUUCGGACGAAGAGGCCAAGGCUGACGAAGAGGACGGCGAAGAUUUGUCGCCGGAAUCACAAAAAUUGAAGUUGAAAUUGAUGAACGAUCAGUUUGAGGCUGAGAGGAAGACUAAAACUUCAAAAAUCAAGCCCAGGGCUAUCGGAUGUAUCUGGCAAGGAUCGCGUGACAAUUCUUAUCCAGAAAACAUCACUCCUCAUGUCCUGCAGUUUUUUUCUGCCCGGCAAGCGUGGGUUUAUAAUAUUCCUGUUAUUCUUGGCGCGGCUCCAGUUGUGGAUAAUUCGAUAGUAGCGGAUUUUGGAAGUCCAUCAAUGCCGGUUCACGGUGCUAGAAAAAAACAUGUACCGGAAGAAAUGAUACCGAAUCUUAUAAGACUGGUGCAUGGUAAUAACAAUGGAAGAAUAUCCCUGAUAAGAGAGUUCCAAGCAUUCUGGGAAAAAAAUAAGACUGAUGAUAGACAAAUAUCUAAGAUGAGUUUAUCUCGGAAAAUAAAAGAAAUAGCCACCUGGAGAGCCUGUCCCGAUGAAGGACCUAUGUUUCUUCGCUCAUGUUGGUAUGUCAGCGAAGAUGUUAGGAGAGAAUACAAUUGCCUUGAUAUUACAUUACCUAAUCAAUGGAAAUUUUAAAGUUGUUGAAUCGAAAGUCAAUUGUUUAAACCUAUAAUCGAAUGAAAUUUAUUAAAAAUUUACAAUUAUAAACAGUUCUAUUUAUAUGUAUAUCUAUACGCGCUUUAUUUUUAUUUUUAUUAUCAUUAUUAGUCAUAUUUCUCGUUCGAAUUCACAUCGUCUUUUUGCGUCUACUGAUAAUUUGAUAAUAAACUCGGCUAUGUGAUACUUAUGUUUUAGUAUCUUGUCAGUUUUGGUUUGUUA